GCCGAGCUCUCGCUUUCGGCGCUCUCCUCAAUCCUCGUCCCCGCGUCUUUCAGAGCGCCCAUGAGCUGAGGCCGCCGCCGAUGGGCCCGCCCCCCGGUGCGCAGGACCCGGCGCCGUCGCCGUCGGGCGGCUCCGGCUCUUCCAGGCGCCGCUUCCGCCGCCUCGACCGCCGCAACGCAUCCAAGCACAUCGCCUACGACGCCACCAACUUCUGCCAGUACCCGCCGUCCCCGCAGGCCGCAUCCGCGCCGGGGUCAGGGCGGGCUUCGCUCGCCAGCUCCGCUGCCUGCUCCAUCGAUCUCGUCAACAGCUUCCGCAUCGGCGGCAGCGGAGACGGGGGCGGGGACCUCCGCUUCCUGUGCGAGAACCUCGGCCUCUCCGGGCCUGACGACUUCGCCGUCCCGCGGGCCGACUGGGAGGCACACAAGGCCGCCCGAUCAUCUGCCUCCGCUUCGAGCUCCCCCAACUCCGCACGCCCCAACUACGACUCCCCUCAGCGGAACUCACCGCUCUCUCAGGUGGGUGCCGAGGAGCCCGCCCAGGCUUCGGACGCCGAGACGGAGCUACCGGCCGCAACGGGAAGGGACGGCCCAAUCGAAGCCCCGGAGCGGCCGGCACGCUUGGAUCUACCGCUCGAGUCCACCUGUCCGGAUGCCAGGAGGGCGCCUGGGCAGGGAGGAAUCAAGGGCGUGCGCCCGCCACCGGUGCUCAAGCCGCCGCCUUCGAUGGCCCUACCAGCUGUCUGCGGCGUGGGAUCCACGUGGGAUAUCUUGCGGUCGUUGGCGCCGGAUGAGAAAGAUGACGCCCCCGCUAGCAGAUCUGGCCGUCGUUUUGGACACCUGGAUGCAGUGGAGAAGGAUGACGACGAGCGUGCGGCGGUUCUGUUAAUGUUGGAUGAUCUUAGGCUGGAGGAGUCGUCCGAGAGCUUUACUGGUACUUCUUCGCUAUCAACGACCAACGAUGACGACACCUCAAGCACCACCACAGAAUCCAUGUUCUAUAUUUCACCGAACGGGAGGUUUAGGAGGAGGAUCAAGUCAUGGAGCCGAGGGGUGCUCCUGGGUAGUGGCUCGUUUGGGACAGUCUAUGAGGGCAUCAGCGAUGAGGGUGUCUUCUUUGCUGUCAAAGAAGUGAACUUAUUUGAUAAAGGGAGCAAUGCGAAGCAGUGUAUCUUUCAGCUUGAGCAGGAAAUUGCACUUCUGAGCCAGUUUGAGCAUGAGAAUAUAGUGCAGUACUAUGGGACAGACAAAGAAGAUUCGAAACUUUACAUCUUCCUUGAAUUAGUGACCCAAGGAUCCCUUGCAUUACUAUAUCAGAAGUAUCGCCUGCGUGAUACUCAAGUCUCUGCAUAUACAAGACAGAUUCUUAAUGGAUUGAUUUACCUCCAUGAAAGAAAUAUUGUUCACAGAGACAUUAAAUGCGCAAAUAUUCUGGUGCAUGCAAAUGGAUCUGUGAAGCUUGCAGAUUUUGGACUCGCUAAGGAGAUUACCAAAUUCAAUGAACUUAAAUCAUGCAAAGGAACUGUUUAUUGGAUGGCACCGGAGGUUGUUAAUCCGCAGCAGACAUAUGGACCUGCAGCUGAUAUAUGGAGUCUUGGUUGCACUGUCCUGGAGAUGUUGACACGCCAGAUACCCUAUCCUGACCUUGAAUGGGCACAAGCUCUAUACAGGAUCGGUAAGGGGGAAUCACCAGCAAUUCCAAACACUCUUUCGAGGGAUGCUCGCGAUUUUAUAAGCCGGUGUGUAAAACCGAAUCCGGAAGACAGACCAUCAGCAUCCAAACUGUUGGAGCAUCCAUUCGUAAACAAGUCCAUAAGAUCAGUACGGUCUAUGAGGACGACACCUUCACGCUCGAAUUCAUCUACUCGUGGCAUCAAUUAAUUGGCCGUCCGUCAUCAUCUAUUGGGCAGCGGCAGAAUGAUAUUGGUCCGCGCAAAUCAUGCGGAGCUGGCCGAGAGGGAGUUUGUUUUGACUGGAGCUAGUAUUGUCAACGCUCAACAGCAUUGUCGUCAACCUCUUAUUGGUGUUUCAUUAGUUGAUUCUUUGGCAUACGCCCGCGAGGAAGAUGUCCUCGUUGAGCCGCCGGCUAAUGUAUGUUCUUCUGCCUGGAUAGAGAAUAGUGGGUGUGCAUUUGAGCGCAUGGGUUGUAGAGUGAGAACGGGCUGUGUAAAUAGCUUGUCCUGAUGCCAAGGAUAUGUUAUUAGUUGUCACGAGAAAAAAGAAAGAAAGGAAAAAAGGUUCAAAGCUU